AAUUUUUUUUUUGUGAAUGAGUUUAUAUAUGAAUACUAUUAUGUUUAUGAAGAAAAAUACUAUUUUAUUUUGUUAUUAUUUCAUUCAAAUGAUUGUCGCUAAUAAUGUUCAAGAUAAAAAAUCACUUGAUAAUAAUAUGAUACCAUAUAAAACAGUAUAUGGUGUACCAAAAAGAUGUAUAGGGAGAUAUGAUAUUCAAACGACCGACGACAAAUAUCGAAUUUGUCAAAUAAAUGCCAUUGGAAAAUGGCAAAUAACAUUUAAACAUUAUUACACUGAAAGUUGGAAUUUUUGUUGUUUCGUAUAUGAUGUUUUGGAAUGCGAAACAAAAGUUUUGUCUGAAUGUGAUCCAGACUAUUCCGACCUCAAUGAUAAAGAAACAAGACGAUUGUUUGAUAAAUCAUGUCAACCAAUCAUGGCAAACGAUCCUUGUUACAAGAGAGUAUAA